UCCAAUUUUCCGCAUCUCUACAUUUCUUCGCAGCUCGUUUGUUUUUGGAAAAUGUCAAUUGUUGUGGAAAAACCUGCUAAUUGUUAAAAACGCCCCUUCGGAGAGCGCACAAGUUUCGCGAGGACGGCGCGCUGGCAGCACAAUGAAUGAAUAAAAACGCCUAACUGUUCGGAAAACCCCGCCCCCCAAAAUUGUGCCAAAAAGAUAAGAAAAAGAUCAAGUAUACUGGAGAUCGGCGGAGAAAUUGCAAGUCGGAUAACAACAACAACAAGAAUAAGAAGAAGAAGUACAACAACAACAACGUGGGAUAGGAUCGUCUAGGAGCAUCGGCUAGUUUCUGGUGUUGUUGUUGUCGUCUGAUUACCUUUUUUCGUUGGAAACGUUUGUGCAGCAGCAGCUCUGAAUGUCUUUAUGCUUUAAUCAUGGUGUAUUUCGCCACCAACAACAACAACACCGACACUAUACGCUGCUAUAUUAGAAUCUUUCUGAUAACGAACCAUGACAGAAGGACAUGAAAGCGACUUCUUAGUAACAGUACGCGCACAGGUAAUGACCAGAGACGAGAGCACCGAGGGCUGGCUACCGCUGGCCGGGGGUGGCCUGGCCAACGUUUCGAUCCGGAAGCGGGCUAGGCUAUCCCCAUUGGCAUCGGGUCAUGACUACAUCAUCUACGGGCAGAGGAUAUCCGAUCAGAGCGUCAUUUUGAGCUGUGUGAUCAAUCGAGAUCUGAAGUAUUACAAAGUAAUGCCCACAUUUCAUCAUUGGCGCGCAGGGAAGCAGCGGAACGGACUCACAUUUCAAACGGCCGCCGAUGCGCGAGCCUUUGACAAGGGCGUCCUGCGCGCCUAUAACGAGCUGAUCGAUGGACUGGCCAAAUCGAAUCCGACGAUAAUUUGCCCGCCGCUAACCAAAUAUGAUUCGGUUGGCGAAGAUGAUGUAUUCAUGACCCUGGACUUACCUGUGGAGAGCGAAAGUUUACAAAAGAUCCAUUCAAGCCCCGAGGGCAGCGAGAAAAGUCACAAGAGCGUCAGCAACAACUCCGACUCGGAGAAGCUGCCCCCGCCGCCCAUUCACUACAUAUCCACGGACAAAACAUCGGCCACCACAUCGCCGCCAGACGCACCGCCCGCCUCGGCAGCUCCAUCGCCGGCGGCCGCUGGCCAGAUUGCGGCCAGCGAGAACUACUCGUACGUGACGCUGACGGCGGUGCACCAUGACUACAACUAUCCGGUGGUCGAUCAGCCGGUGGGGGCGCAGGUGCUCAACGCUCGACGGGAGUCGAUCAGUGCGCUCAAGAAGCGCAACGCUCUGGAGGCGGCGGCCCAGGCAGUGGGCAGUGAUGGGGGAGCGGGCAAGCCGCUGCACAAGCCCAACGUAUCCGAUAUCCUGAAGAAGGAGACGCGCCUGCGCUGUCGCUACUGUCACGAGCUGUACAGCGAGGACUUCAAUAGACGCGGCGCCUGCGAAUACGCACCGGAUCCCUUUCGCAGCGGCUACGAGUGCGUUUCGGGGAUGGGCUGUGCCCGCUGCAUGAUCUACCACUGCAUGAGCGACGCCGAGGGCGAGACGGCCCAGCAUCCGUGCGACUGCAGCGCCAGCGAGGCGGGCUGCAGCAAGCGCUGGCUGGGCCUGGCUCUCCUCUCGCUGUUCGUGCCCUGCCUGUGGUGCUAUCCGCCGCUCCGCGCCUGCCAUCUGGCCGGCAUCCACUGCGGCCUCUGCGGCGGGCAGCACAAGCCGCAUGUCUGACAUUUGGAGGCCCGCUUGCAACGACAGCACGACGAUGACCCCAGGCCCAGAAGCGAAUUCCAAUACCACCAACAAAC